CAUAAUUAGCUGUAAUAAUCAUGGUCCGCGCGCGAGAGACUGUCGUAUUAUAUACAUGGCGCCAUCUCAAAAAAAUUGGUUAUUUUUAGAAUUGCUUCGCCCAAAUUUUUUUUCUGGUUCAAUUUUCGUUGUUGUUGUUGUUAACAACAGUCAGUCAUGAUGAUCUCAUAUUCUACAUUUGAAUAACAAUAAAUAAAAAAAAUGGCUAUCAAUGAUUACAACCGAUAUGAUUCGAUACCGGUAUUUGAUUAUUCAUCACCAUUCACCUAUAAACGUGUUAGAGAUGUCGAUGAUGAUGAUUAUGAUUCUGAAGUUUCAACCAGAGAUGGUCUAUUUCAACGAUCAAUCUAUAUGUUCAUCAUAAUCAUAACAGUAUUGUUUCUGAUAUUAACAUUUCCAAUAGCAGCAUUUUUCUGUGUCCGUAGAAUACCAUCAUUGAAAAGAUGUUUAAUUUAUCGUUUAGGCCGUCGAUUACCGUUAAAAGGACCGGGUUUUAUUCUUUUACUACCAUUUAUCGAUAAAAUUUCCAUUAUUGAUCUUUAUGAAAGUCGUUUUGAUUUGAUUGAAAAUGAACAACAAUUUAUGACUGGUGAUGGUUCAAUUAUUGUGGUUAAACCAUGUCAUGCAACAUUGAAUGUUACAGAUGCAUUGUUAACUACAUUGAAGAUUAAUAAUGUAAAUGUUAAGAAUUUUCUUCAGAUAUCAUUCACUAACCUUAUACGAUCAAAACAUGUUGAAGAUUUGGAAAAUAAAUUAGAUUUUAUAUUGAAAGAAUUUGAAGAAAAAAUGAAUCAAUUCAUGAAACGAUGGGGUUAUGCCAUCACUAUGAUAGAACAGCCACGAAUUACUGUUAUUGAUCGUGCCGAUCCAAUAAAUCCAAUCAAAAAGAAAUUGCAAAAAUUAUUAGACAAUGAUCCAUCAGAGCAAUCAUCAAAUCCACAAUCAUCGGGAGAUUUUUCAUGCUUAUUCAAUAUGUUUGAUAAUCUUCAACAAUCAUCAUUGAUUAACGAUCAAUCACCACAAACUGUUUCUGACGAAACAAUGGAUAAAAGUUCAAGUUUAAUGGAAUAUCAAUUGAUUGCUGUGGUGCAAACAUUUUUCGAUCAAUAUAAAACCUUUCUAGGUACAGAUAAAAAUUUCAAUGUAAAAUUAAUGAUCGAAGAUAACGAUAAACCAAUGGUUAAAUAUUUUCAUUGUCAACAAGAUGGUAAUGUUCGAUUAAUCGAAAAUGAACCAAUCGAACUAAACAUGACAGUUAAAUUUAAAAAUCAAGCAGAUUUUCAUCGAUUUCUCACCACAAGAGAUCAUAAAUAUUUCAAUUUUAAAAUACAUUGAACUUGUUGUUGUUGUUGU